CCUCUCCCACACACCCAUACUUGUAGACCAUGAGCAGUCCCGCCGACUUCAUCAUUCUCUCUGACGAGACCGUCACCAUGCUUCGGGAGCUCUUCUCUGCUCUCGACCAGGACGGCGACGCGGUCCUUACCGCCAACGACUUUUCCUCGCCUUUCAAUGGCCGUAUGAACGAUGUUGGUCGGCAGAAGUUCAUCAUGCUCCUCGAGAACUUUGACCAGGACGGCGACGAUUGCAUCGAGUUCCCUGAGUUUAUCUACGGCUUCAAGGCCAUGGCUGCAAACACCGCCGCCCCCACCCUUCUUGGCGUCGAGGGCCUCACCUACGGCGAGAUCAUCGCCAAGCUCCAGAUCGCUGCCAAUGAGCUCAUCUUUGAGUUUGCCCAAGAGCUCUUCCAGGCCAUCUCGUCCUAAACCGCACACCACCCGUA